GAGACAGGAGCAGAGUGAGCGUGAGGGAGAGAGCGAGGGAGAGGCACCGAGAGAGGGAACGGGACACCGUCGGCAUCACAGUCAGGGAGAGCUCUCUCUCCAGGAGCCGGCGCGCAUCAGUGGGAAGAAAGAGAUUUUUGUCGUCGGCUUUUUUGGGAGGGGGUUCUGUCUUCCUCUCCCCCCCUCCCCCCUGUCCUCUCCUCUCCUCUCCUCUCCCCUCAUCCUCCAAACCCUGCUCCCUUCGUCGGGCCGACCCCCCCGGGCAUGCUCCUUAAGCCCAAGUAUGACCGCUUUCGCAACGACUCCGUGACCUCCUCCGAUGACCUGAUGCAGAACUUAGCCAUGAGCGGCAAAGUGGCCAGCACGCCGGCCAGCUCCGCCUCCCCCGCGCCCCUGCCGCCGCCGCCGCCCACCCUCGGACCCCUGGGCCGCCACCCCUACCCCCCACCUGCCCUGGCGGAGUCCCCCUGCCCGGAGGCGGACCAGGAUGGGACCACCACCUUCUGCAUGCUCAUCCCCAGGAUGCCGCAGUGGAAGUUCUCCAACGCGUCGGCCUUCCUCAGCAGGAGCCCGUCCAGCUCCAGCUCCAGCUCCAGCGGCAGCGGCGGGAAGGACGCCGGGGCCAAGAGCGCCCCCCAGGGGACAGCCGGGCCCGCGGCCCCGUCCAGCGGCCCCGUGGCCAGCCUGGCGGCCGUUCUGAACUCCUGUGACCCGGUGUGCGUCACCCCUUGUUCCCUGCAGGCCGUGAGCAGGCUGCGCGGCGCGGCGGGCAGCGGCCCCGGG